AUGGCGGUUGGUGGCCUUCAAGCUGUCCCGGAUGCUUUAAUUUUUGCCUAUGCUGAAAACCUAAUAGACGAGGAGGAAUUUGCGUUGCUGUACGACCACAAUCGAUCAAAACCGCUUUUUCCAUACUGGAAAUUUUAUGAGUUCAACUUGGACACUUGGAGCGACGUUGAAUGUGAAACUGAGCUACAGUUUAAGAAAAAAGAUUUGGCGUCACUUAAGCAAUCUUUAUGA